AUGCUUAAGGCAGGUGGAAGGGACAAUGAUGACGGUAGUGAUGAGAAGCACUCGAUAGAGGAAGCAACACAGAAUGCUAAGAUGAAAAAUCAGUUUUCUCAAUAUAAAGGACAUUAUCUGAGUCAUAAUGACAGUACAGUAACAGCAACUGCUGGUGCAUUGGCUGGGUUCAUUUCUGGUUUACUGGUAUGUCCCCUAGAUGUCGCGAAAACAAGAUUACAGGCUCAAGGUCUUCAAGUAUCUGAGAAUUCUUAUUACAGAGGAACUUUUGGUACGAUAUCUACAAUCGUACGAGAUGAAGGCAUAUUCGGAUUGUAUAAAGGAAUAGUUCCCAUUGUACUUGGAUAUUUCCCAUCAUGGAUGAUAUAUUUUUCAGUAUAUGAAUUCUCAAAAGAUAUUUAUCCAAAAUUCUUCCCACAUUGGGAUUUUUUGUCACAUUCUUGUUCUGCUAUCACCGCUGGUGCUGUAUCUACAACAAUAAUGAAUCCUAUAUGGGUUGUGAAGACAAGACUCAUGUUACAAUCAAAUUUCAGCCCGUUUCCCACGCACUACAAUGGAACUUUCGAUGCUUUCAAGAAAAUUAUUUCCCAGGAAGGGGUCAGAGUUCUCUACACUGGACUCGUUCCAUCCUUAUUCGGACUAAGUCAUGUUGCAAUACAUUUUCCAAUUUAUGAGAAAUUGAAAGUUAAGUUGCAUUGUCAGAAGACUUCAACAGAGAUUGAUGGUACCAGAAAGACAACAAUCAAUUUAAAAAAUUUAAUAUGUGCUUCAUCCGCUUCCAAAAUGAUUGCCUCUCUAAUAACUUAUCCACAUGAAAUACUAAGAACGAGGAUGCAGGUUAAAUCCGAUUUGCCAUCUAUCGUUCAUCAUAAAUUACUGCCUAUCAUAAGAUCAACCUACUUGAAUGAAGGAGUGGCGGGGUUUUAUUCAGGGUUUACGGCUAAUUUAUUGCGUACCGUCCCUGCAUCCGCCAUUACUCUAGUGUCAUUUGAAUACAUUAAAAGCUCUUUCAAAUAA